UUUUGUCAUGUUUAAUUGCUUGACUUCCCGCUUUUUAAUUGCUCAAUAUGACAUUGCUUUUUAAUGUCUUCAUCUCAAUUUAACCUUCUAAAACGGUGUUGUUGUUGCAGUUACGUAAUAUGUCCGUCUGGAGGGCGCCAUUGAGCCACAAUCUCCCCCUUUGUCGCUCUCGAGUCAAGGGAAAGGCGACUUGCAAGGGGAACACAGCCCGAGCUCGUCUCCAAUUGUCUCAGUCUCACGUCAUGGAAAGAGUUACUUUGUGUCGGGGCUGUGAGCAAAUAAAGCCUCAGGAACAAUACCGGCUCGCUUGCGCGAGAUGAUCCGGAGCGGUACGAAGUUGUGAUUUUCUUUGAUCUUUCGAAACAGAAACGAUCGAGCGAAGAUGCGCAGGAACCUGUUUACGAGCCCCACGGAGCAAGUUCGUGUCUGAGGGAAGGAAGGACGGAAAUGUGGCGCUGCCGCCUCACCAUGUCCACGGAUUCCAUCGCGAUCAACAAAAGUGCACUUUUCGCUUGGAUUUAUUUGCAUCCGGGACCGGUCGGGGGGGGGAGAGAAAAGAAAUCUUGCUUCUUUUUUUUUUUUUUCUUUUCAAACGGAGGAUUUUUAAAAACCCUCGUUGCGGGAGCCGAAACCGGUUUGGAAACUGACUUGUUACAGGGAAGUAGCAAUCUGCGUUCACGAGGGGAUUUCAGUGCAUGCAAAUGACUCCGUUUCUAGACGAAAGAGUGUUUACAUCAGUGAGUAGCAGUGAAGUAUAAAUCAAGCAUAUGCAAUAUUAAAUGAAGCAUAACAAAACAGUUUUCGACUGACGGUGCCGUUGCACACCUGAUCCACGUCAUGUGAGAUGACUUGAAAUAUUCAUGAACGUGUCCCAGAUUCUAUUUACAAUACAGCCGCUCGGCACCAUGUGCCUGUAGAUUUAUUAUUUGGUAUUAUUAUUAUUAUUUUUGUUGUUGCUUCGUAACUGGAGAAAGUCAAGAUGUCGGUAAAAGCCAAAGCCCUCUACACAUUCCAAAGCGAAAACAAAGAAGAGAUAAGCAUCCAGGAGAACGAGGAACUGGUCAUCUUUGACGAGAACUCGGUGGACGGAUGGUUCCAGGGGGAGAACAGCCGAGGCGAGCGGGGCCUCUUCCCGGCGUCCUACGUGGAGGUCAUCCGCACACGUUCCAACUCCAACGUGACCGACUGCUCCAUCAGCCCGGCGGGUUCGUUGGGGAACGACUCCUAUUUCCUGCCCUCUACCACGAACACCACGCUCAACACGCAACCGACCUAUUACGACAUCGACGACGAUGACGAUUGGGACGACUGGGACGACAGGUCCACUGUGGUGGAGGACUCCGAUCACAGCCGAAGCCCCGGGGCCAACGGUCACUCCCAUCAAAGUCCGCCAUCCAACAACCCCAACGUCCACUACCGGGCCAAGCCGCCAAUGGAGAGGCAGGACAGCAUCUCCAGUGCCAGGAAAGGCAGCAUGGUGGGCCGCAACUUGAACCGCUUCUCCAGCUUCGUCCGCUCGGGCGUGGAGGCGUUUGUGCUGGGGGACGUCCCCAUGAUGGCGAAGAUAGCCGAGUCUUACACCAUUGAGAUGAGGCCCCAGGGGCCCGGGUGGAAGGAGAGCCCGCAGCCUUUCUCCUGCUCCAUCGAGGACCCCACCAAGCAGACCAAGUUUAAAGGCAUCAAGACUUACAUUUCAUACCGGGUGACUCCGAGCCACACCGGUCGGCCUGUAUACAGGCGCUACAAGCACUUUGACUGGCUCUACAACCGCCUGUUGCACAAGUUCACUGUGAUCUCUGUGCCUCACCUGCCAGAAAAGCAGGCCACGGGGCGCUUUGAGGAGGACUUCAUCGAGAAGCGCAAGCGGCGACUGAUCCUCUGGAUGAACCACAUGACCAGCCACCCGGUGCUCUCCCAGUACGAAGGCUUCGAGCACUUCCUGAUGUGCGCCGACGACAAGCAAUGGAAGCUCGGCAAGAGGCGAGCUGAGAAGGACGAGAUGGUGGGGGCCCACUUCAUGCUGACUCUUCAGAUCCCCAAUGAGCACCAGGACCUCCAGGACGUGGAGGAGCGGGUGGACACCUUCAAGAACUUUGCUAAGAAGAUGGACGACAGCGUCAUGCAGCUCACGCACGUUGCCUCGGAGCUGGUACGGAAGCACUUGGGCGGGUUCAGGAAGGAGUUCCAGCGUCUGGGCAACUCUUUCCAGUCCAUCAGCCAGUCGUUCAUGCUGGACCCGCCGCACAGCUCCGAGGCCCUCAACAACGCCAUAUCCCACACUGGCCGCACCUACGAGAACAUUGGCGAGUUGUUCGCCGAGCAGCCCAAGUACGACCUCUUCCACAUGCUGGACACGCUGUCCCUCUACCAAGGCCUGCUCGCCAACUUCCCAGACAUUAUUCAUCUACAGAAAGGUGCCUUUGCCAAGGUGAAGGAGAGCCAGCGGAUGACGGACGAGGGCAAGAUGGACCAGGACGAGGCCGACGGCAUCCGCAAGCGCUGCCGGACGGUCGGCUUCGCGCUGCAGGCCGAGAUGAGCCACUUCCACCGGCAGCGGGAGGUGGACUUUAAAGACAUGAUGCAGGCGUACCUCAGGGAGCAGAUCGCCUUCUACCAGCGCGUGGUGCAGCAACUGGAGCGCACGCUGCGCAUGUACGAUUGUCUUUAAGGGCGCCGGUUGCCAAAUCCGAAGGACGCCCCGGACUCCGUGUUUUCCCGAGACCUUACCGUGCACCUAUCACGUAACAGAAGACGCCGUUGCAACAUAUUGUGUAUUUUACAUAACUUAAGGUGUUAGGACAUUACGUGUAGGUUUCAAAGUCUUUUGCUGUUCCUGUACUGGAUCAUUCGCACGAAACCCAUCAGACGGGUUCAGUCCCCUUCUCUCCGUUGUCAUUUUAAACAAGAAAAACAAGAAUGUCUGCUUUCAAAUGAACGAUCAACAUCGCUUCUGUUUCCUGUUCCACAUUUCCGCCACGUGUGCGUACCGGCGACUCAUUCAAAUGUCGCUGUCGUGCCUUAAAGCCACGUUUCCACCAAGCGGUCCAGUUUAGUUCACUCGGGUUAAUUGAGUUCAAAACCCAACUGCGGGGUUGGCAAGUGCUAUCAUACGGAUAAAUAUUGAUGCGUUUGUCUACUAUUGCUGACGGAAACCCAAAUCUUUAGGCGCCCCAUCACAAGGGGACCAAAAUCUGAUCGACAUCAGUUAUUUUGUGACCCUCAACAAUAUUUUAUGGAUGGCGAUGGAAAUGCAAAUUCUGAGUACCCAAGAACUUUGAUUUGUACCCCAACACACUGGUACCAAAAAGUGAUCCAUUGUGUUAUUUUGCCCCCCCCCCCUUCUCAACUUCUGAUGAUGGAGAUGGGAACCUAAGGACGCAAGCGUUUAAAGGGAAAUUCUGGUGAUUUGGAUUAACAAGGUAUCCAACAGGUCAUGUACUGUAUCUUGACAAUGUAAUGUUAAUCCUCUCUCAUUUAAUGUGGUUUUGAGAAGAUUUUUUUUUUAUCAACAAUUACGAAUUUUCAGGGGCGCUGCCAUUUAGGCGGGUCACACGACCUAUGUGCGCGGAUGUGACGUAUGAGGUGCCGCGCCAAAGGCUCGGAUUACAUGGGACACCGUUACGACCAGCGCUGAUUUCUGGGAUUUAUCCUCAUCUGAUGAAGAAACGGCAGUCUCGGUUGAUCGGGAAGACGGAGGAAUACUUCCAAAAGCCUGGGGAGCUGUGAGCUAGCUCCCCAGUGAGCGAGCGCCAGGGCUCGGGGAGCGAGCUCACGGCUCGGCCGCUCGGUUGAUCGCUCACGGCUGUGUAUGGAAGCAUUCCUCCGUCUUCCCGAGCAGCCGAGGCGGUCACGGCUGCGUAUGGAAGUAUUCCUCCGUCUUCCCGAGCGGCCGAGGCGGUCACGGCUGUGUAUGGAAGUAUUCCUCCGUCUUCCCGAUCAACCGGGCAGCCGAGCCGCUCACAACUGCGUAUGGCAGUAUUCCUCCGUCUUCCCGAGCGGCCGAGCCGGUCACGGCUGUGUAUGGAAGUAUUCCUCCGUCUUCCCGAUCAACCGGGCAGCCGAGCCGCUCACGGCUGCGUAUGGCAGCAUUCCUCCGUCUUCCCGAGCGGCCGAGCCGGUCACGGCUGUGUAUGGAAGUAUUCCUCCGUCUUCCCGAUCAAUCGAUGCUGCUAUUUUUUCAUCAGAUGAGGAUAAAUCCGAUAAAAUCAGCGCUGGCCAUAAUUGUGUCCCAUUGUAAUUGAGCCACAUAACACGUCACGUCCGCCCACCUCGGUCAUGUGACUCGUGAAAAUAGUAGUGCCCCUGAAAAUUCCCAAUUGUCGAUAAAAUUCUUUUCAAAACACCAAUAAAUGAGAGAGGAUUAACAUUAAAUUUUCAAGAUACAGUACAUAUUACAUGACUUAUUGGAUACAUUGUUGAUCCAAACCACCGGAAUUUCCCUUACCAAAUCACUGUAAUUGGAACAUCAAGACAAGGAUUACUUUCGUAGCUUUUGAUUACCAAAAAAAAAAAAAAAAGAUGAUGAAAACGUAAAUCUUGAGGCACGUGACCACUGUGCUCGGUAGACCAAUGCGCAAGUUCUCAGUUUUUAAUCAUGUUAAAUGUGCUGCCAAAAAGGUAAAUUCAUACUUGUUGAUGGCAGAAACACAAACCACGGUGACUGGUUCUCCGUGUAAGUAGAAAUGAAGUAAUCCUUCAAUUGUCAAUUACUUCAGUUCGGGAUACGACCUCUGCUGUCACGAACCCGAUGGUACCAAAAUUUCGGCGCACUCACCAAUAUUUAAACACAAAAAUAUCAUCCCGGUACCAAACUGAGCCCAAAAUGCACUGCUUUGUGGAAACAGGACUAGAGGAACUUGUAUUGCAAGGCCAAGGUUAGGAACAACACAGUGCCUUUAAGACUUUAAGUUAGCAUUUUUUCCAACGAUAGCGUAAUAUCGAAAGAAAGAAAAAAAAACACGUUUGUUUUUUUAAAGGAUGUGACCAAAAACGGCACUUUUUUUUUUAUUUGAUACUGGAAGAACAACGUUAUUUACUUGUCAGUCCUGAGAGUUAUUAUUUUUUCCCCCCUUCCUACACACACAACUGUCCUUAUUUGAAUACUUUUGACGGCUCAGUGACGUGAGAGAUUUUUGUUCGUGUUGGGCCGAGAUUCUGCUGUGCUUGUUUCGAAAUCAUGACAUUCCGAAAAGUGUCGAUUCGGCUUCCUAAAGUGAGCAGAAGUGCUUUUGAGGUCUAAAUGUUACCGUCGACACAAUUUUUUUUUUUUUUUUUUUGGGGGGGUCUAUCUGGCAACCUCUCCCACAAGUCAGAUUUUUUUUCCUACAUUGUUUCUAUUUUUUUUUCUUUCUACUGCAGAGCUCAUUUUUCUCUCUGCUUUUGUAAUUGAAUCUGUCCUUGUGUGUAAGGAAAAUGCGCAGGCAGUCUCCGAAAAAAGGCAAAAAGCGGACGAGGUUUAGUAUGUGAAAGUCCCCCCCCCCAACCCCUGAAAUAAAAACGCGGUUUCGCGGCUGCGGUGAAACAUCCCAAAAAUGAUUGCCGAUGUGUUGACCUUGAGAGUUUACAGAAUGUCAAAAAAAUGCUGAGUCCUUCCUCGCUUGAUUCAAGGGAAGGGGACGUACAAGGGUUAAAUAAUAAUAAUAAAAUGCAAUUUAAAAAAAAAG